UCCAAAUCAUUCUUAAACUUCGUUAUCGAAUCAAAUAUCUUUUUAUUAUUUAGUGUACAAUUCUGGCUGCGACUGACUUGUACAUGUAUAACAGAAAAGAAUAAAGAAUAACUGUGUGAGUUGAUAAAUUUAGAGAAGUGUACAAUAGUUCGAAAAUUACAUUAUAACAUGUGUUAAAUUAAUGUUAAAUACAUUCGUUAUAUCGCCUGAAAGAUUUCCUCGCAUUUGACCUGCCACUUACUCCAACAAUAAUGGCGUCAAAACGGAAACGUGUAGUGUUGAGUAUAAAAACAAAACACGAGAUAAUUCAAAAGUUGGAAAAUGGCGAGAGUGCCGCAAAAUUAGCCAAAAUCUAUGGCAUCGGGAAAGCCACGAUCACUGGCAUCAAAAAUCAAAAAUGUGCCAUUGAGAAUUAUUUACUUCAGGCAGAUUCUUUAGAUGUUUCUACCACUAGAAAAAGUUUAAUGGUGCCAAAGAAUAAAAAUGUAGACGACGCCGUGUUUCAAUGGUUUCUACAAAACAGAGACAAAGGUGUGCCAAUAUCUGGACCGAUUCUGUGUGAAAAGGCAUUAGAAUUUAAUGAAAAACUAAAGGGAAACCCGAACUUUAAAGCAAGCAGUGGUUGGUUAGAAAAAUUUAAAUCGCGGCACGGUAUCAGAGAAUUAAAUGUCUCGGGGGAGAAACUUUCAACAAGCAACAUUGCUACAGAAAGCUUGACCACGGACCUUCAUAAGUUUUUAAUCGAGAAGGGCUGUGCGUUACAAAAUGCAUGUAACAUUGAUGAAACAAGUAUAUCGUGUAAAGCAUUGUCGCAGAAAACUUCAGCUUCCCGGCACGAAAGAACAGUACCAAGUUGCAAAAUUAGUAAAGAUCAUGUUGCAACUCUCCUCUGUGGAAAUGCUACCGGAUGCCACCAACUUCCAGUUUUGAUAAUUGGAAAAAGUAAAAAAGUGUUUUAAAACCUAAUAACACAAAUGCAAUACCAAUCAUGUAUUGAAAUUAGUUAGAUAAUUUGAAC